AUGAUGCGGUCCCCGCUCAGCAAUCCAAGAUGGCCCUUCGCCGCCAUCGUGGCAUCCUUGCUCGCCAACGCCUCCGUCGCAAACGCCAUCCAAGCUAGAGUCCAACCCCCGGCCUCGAUCCCCACAGAGGCCCCGAGCCCGGCCCAGAUUGCGCACGCCGCCGCGACCACGGCCUUUGAGGCACCGCUCCACCAGCAGCUCGUGAAGCGGGCCGAAGUCAAGGCCGUCGACGGGUACACCCACCUCGGCUGCUGGCAGGAUGGGAGCAACCACAUCUUGUCCGUGACGGCCAACUUCGACAACGGUAUGACGCCCGAGCUCUGCCGCAACGUCUGCUCGAUCGCGUCGUGCAACAUGUUUGGCGUCGAGAACGGUUACCACUGCUACUGCGGCAACUCGAUCGAGGCUUUUGCCGUCUCCGCUACCGACGACUCGUGCACGGCGACGUGCUGGGGCGCCAAGGAUGUUAUCUGCGGCGCGGGGCAGAGGAUGAAUGUCUAUUCUGCGACGGCUGAAUUCCCUGCUGGAAAGCAGUACGGCGUUGAUGGCUCGGGGACUCAAGGGUCGAAACCCGGCGCAACAACCACGCGCCGCGGCAGCGGCUCAAACCCAACCUCUGAAGCAGACCCGGGAUCCGGCUCCGACGACUCCGACUCCAACCCCGACUCCAGCGCCGGGUCCGAAUCAAACUCGGGUUCGCAAGGCUCGACAGGCAAGAACGGCUUGUCAACCGGCGCCAUUGUGGGCAUCGUGGUCGCCGUCGCCGCCAUCGUGUGCGCCGUGACCGCCGCAGCCGUCUUCACAUCCCAGGUGUCGUCCGCGAGCGACCAGGCCAAGUUUGUCGAGACCCGCCAUCAAUUAGAUGCUCCGGCGUACUCGACCCCGUCUCCUGCGCCUGUUUACUCGACUCCUCCGCCGGCGCUGACGCACGAGGCGCAUGGUAGUAUGAGGAAUAGUGUGUAUGAGAUUGGCAACUCGGGGCAUUGA